AAUCCAGUGGAAACCCUAAAUUGGAUAACCGGUCUUUCACACGACAGGGAUUUUUCCUCAUAGUAAUAUCGCAUCAAAUAUUUGUCGUAGUAUUCUCAGAUGCAGCAUGGGAGACGAACCGACGACCUCUUGAUUGCGACCUGGAAACAGUACCACCAAGUUACCUGUACCCUGAAUCAGACCAAAUGUUUUAA